AUGAAACAAAUGUCUCUUGAGGAAUUCCUCGAGAAUGAUACACUGGGUGAAUCUGUUUGGAAUGAAGAUGAUAUUAAUAUAGAUGCUAUUAAUGAAAACCCAUUGAAUAAUACUAUCUCAAAUAAGCCUAAAAUAGAAAAAAGUGUUGAAAAUGAAAUAUCAACAAAGAAAGAACCAAUAAGGCCAACCAAAACUGUUCAACCCCCUCCUCACGAUACUUCAAAGGAUGAACCAAUCAUUAUUGAAGGACCCCCAUAUAUGAUUAAAUUCUCAAACUUACCUCCAAAAUUUUCGGAUUUCGAUAUUGAAGAUUUAUUUAAUGCCAAACAGACAAGAUUAGUUAAAUAUAAAUUAUAUUGGGAAUUAGAAAAAUAUCCAUCAAUUUCAAUACUUAAAAAUGGUUCAAUUUUCGAUCAAAAUUUUAAGAGAACAGCAAAAGUUUCAUUUGUAGAAGUUAUGAAUCUUCACGAUGCUGAUAAAAUUUUGAGGUUUUGGAAAAUUCCGUUAUUAGAGUUGUAUAAGAUUAAAGUUGAGCCUGCAGAAUUUACUGAUUUUCAAAACUAUUUAAAAAAACAGCAAAUUUUAACUGAUUUAAUUUCAAAAGAUCCAAGGGAUAACCCUUCAAAAUCCUAUAUACCUCCUAAACCUAAGCCAAACCCAUUUGGCUCAGCUAAACCAGUAGAUACUCAAUCUAAAAUGUUAGAUAUUGAAAAUAAAAUCUCAAAUUUCCAUGUAGAAGAUACUGCAGUACUGAGAAAAUUAUCAGAAGGCUCUUUAGCAAUUGGAAAAGAAACUCCAAAUCAAACUAAUCCUCAUCCUAAAGAAAAAAUUAAAGUAUUGAAAAGAGAUCAAAAAUUAUCAUCAAUAAAUGUUAAUGACAAGACUAAUAAUAAUACUACAACUUCAACGCAACAAAAGACUAAUAAAACUGAACUAAAUACUACUACUUCUCCAAAACUCCAAAAUGAAAAUUUGACGUUAUCUCCACAGACUCCAAGAAUGGUAUCUUAUUCACAAGUAGCUAGGAGAGCAGAUGAUGCUAAAAAAACACCCUCCGCAUCUCCAAUGACUACCCCAAAUAAUCAAUAUAUAAAUUUGACACAUACCAAUAGUAAUAAUGCAAAUAAUAGUUUUGAUAGAUCGCUUCUGUUGAAAUCACCCAUUAUUCAUGAUAAUAUUAACGAAGAGAUUGAUGAUAUAAAUGACAUAAAUAUUACCGACAACAACAAUAAUAUCUCAAAAGAAAAUGGUAAUAAUUAUUCUCAUACUAGAUCCCCAAUUAGAUAUUCAAAUCCAAAUGCUAAUAACAAUGGCCAUUAUGAUAGGUAUUCCAAUAACUCUUAUGGAAAUAACCAUUCACAUAAUAGCUAUAAUAAUACUAAUAACUACAGAGGAGGCUAUAAAUCGUAUAAUAAUACAAGUAGAGGUGGCUCUAAUUACAAUCAUAGACCAUAUCGUUCCAAAUAUAAUAGUAUUAGCGGCACUAAUAAUAAUUAUAAACAACAUGGAGGAAGAAGUUCCUAUAAAAAAUCAGAAUAUGGAGGUAAUGGAAGUGAUGAUAUUGAAAAUCAAACUGAAACUCAACAAACAGAUGAACAAUCUUUGCUAUUUAAACCGGUAAGCACUUUUUUGCACGAUAAUAAAAGAUCAUAUCACAACAAUUCUAACCAUCAUGGUAGCAAUAGAGGUGGCUAUAGAUCUAAAUACAAUAAUAAUUCUACAUCUAACUAUCGUGGCAACUACCAUACUAGUAGUCGAACGACCCAUUUUUCACAAGAAUAA